GCAACUGGUCUUGCCCAGAAGCAGCGAACACCUCACCGGCGAUGUCAGCAACCCAAAAUGUUGAGUAGCCCUGAGGACACCAUGUACUAUAACCAGUUAAAUGGAACUCUAGAAUAUCAAGGGAGCAAGAGGAAGCCAAGAAAACUUGGCCAAGUCAAAGUGCUCGAUGGGGACGAUGAAUAUUACAAAGCUUUGUCUCCGGUGGACUGCAGCCCUGAGGACUCGAACUCUGCCCACCGGUUCUUUUUUUCCUCCUCACCCUCCACAGGAGACUCUUUUCUUCCCCACUGAGUUGUGCUUCCUGACCCCAAAUCUGUCCAGGGUAAGAAUAAUCAUGGUGAUGGACUGCUUGUUGUUGAAUAAGAAGGCGUUGGCUCCUUUGGACACCCAGUCCCUGCCUGAGCCUCACUGAACAAUUUGCGGGUCCCUAAACAUCUUCCCAGCUCUUUUUGACUGUCCCACGUGUGCAGUGCAGCCUGAGCAGAGCAGUCUCUCCUUUCCUCACCCCGCGGGCCUCCCUGGGAUGCUGAGAACCCCUCCCCCACAGUGAUGAGAGUCCCUCAUGCCUCCACACCUACGACAGUAACAAUCGCACCAAGGCCGGUCACAAACACUCAGAUGUCUGACUUUCCCACCAGGUCACCUGUCCACCCACGCGGAAUCCCGCCAACAGGAAUCCAGGGGUGCCUUCCCUGCUCUCUGCUCUCCCCUUUCCGUUUGCCGGGUGCUUUGUCCCCGUGCCUCUCCCAGGGUCAGAGCCCCACCGUGGGGAGCUCUCAUCCUGGAGUGUAGGCAGACAGGCCUACAUCUUCAGAUUCUUUCCACAAGGCAAAUGAACCCCUCUCAUGAAUUACUGUGCUGCAAAAGCCUUUGCCUGUUAAUCUACCUUGCCAGGAUUCCCCAGCCCCCCGCCCCGCCCUGUCAAUUUAUUAGUGAAAAAGAGAGCAGGGUGAGAGAGAGAGAGACUGUGGAUCUGUCUGAGGCCAGGCCCCCUCGUUUUGGAACUCUCCACUCGCUGGUCAGCUGUCUCCACUAGGCUGGGAGUGGCCGCCGGGGAAGGGUCUGAUCUUGUCCAUCUUGGUGUGCACGGAGCCCAGCACAGGGCCUGGCAGAGCAGGCAUCCAGCGUGUGUGGCAUGAAUGGAGAGACACUGACAUGGCUGAUAGGAAAGUUACUUUCCAUUAGGUGGUAUAUACGAUGCAUCACUUUUCUUACCUUAGAAGCUCUGACUUUUCACCCAAGAUUGGAGUAGUCCAUUACAAUGAUGCUAUAUUAUAUGCUGUAAUAUUCAGUGUGAUUCAAUAUGACAAGCUCUUCUGAGCAUUGUACUCUGUGAGAUUGCUGUGUGACAUAAAAUCAAAGCAAAACAAUAAAAACCUAAGACCCUUUCUCUAGAA